AUGGACUUUGCAGCGAGACAUAGUUUGCGUGUGGUUAACACUUUCUUUAAGAAAGCAGAGAGGCAGAAUGUAACAUACAAGAGCGUAGCAUUGGUAUCCCAGAUUGACUACAUUUUAUGCAGAACCAAUGAAAAAGCAAACAUCAGAGAUUGCAAGGUUAUCUUAGGUGAGAGCGCUCACCUUGAGAGUGAAGGAAGUCAGAACUGGCAGACUGUGACAGAGUACUUAAGACAGUUGGGAGAGGAACUCUUGGGGAGAACAUCAGGAAAAAGCAAGACAGACAAGGAAACAUGGUGGGGGAAUGAGGAGGUACAAGACAUCAAGAUAAAGAAAGGAACCAAAAAGAUCUUAGACCAGGAGAACAACGUAGAAAAUAGAGAGGCCUACAAGAUUGCCAAGAAAGCAGCCAAGAGGUCUGAAGCGAGAGCAAAAGCAAAGGCCUAUCAAAGGUUUUAUGACGACAUGGAAACCUUAGAUGGAGAAAAACGUGCACUGAGGGUUGCUAAACAGAGGGGCAAGAACUCAAAGGACAUAUACCAGACAAAGCUAAUCAAGGAUGAAGAAGGCAACGUCCUGAGAGGAUACCAGAGCAAUGGCGGAGAAGCACGAACAUACCAAUAUUCAAGAAUAAGGGGGAUAUCUUGGCCUGUGGAAACUUCAGAGAGUAUUGUAGAGAUAAGCAACGAACAGUUUGCAUUCAUGAAAAACAAAUCUACAACAGAUGGCAUCUUUGCUUUGCGACAGUUACAAGAGAAGUUCGUUGAAUGCGAGGAAGACCUGCACGGAGUGUUCAUAGACCUAGAGAAAGCCUAUGACAGAGUACCCAGAGAGGAGCUUUACUGGUGUAUGCGGGAAAAAGGAGUACCAGAAAAGUACAUUAGAGUGGUUGCCGAUAUGUAUGAGAGAUGUAUGACAGAGGUCUGGUGCGCUGUUGGAACCACAGAAGCCUUCCCAAUAGAAGUUGGAUUGCACCAAGGAUCUGCUCUGAGCCCAUUCCUGUUUGCAAUUAUUGUGGACUCCCUAACUGAAGGAAGGGAAUGGAAGCUCCGUGGCAGAUGA